AUGCAGCUAAAUUAAUAACCACCUCCAACUGGAUAUAAAGCUAAUGAGAUGUCAUUCUAAGGACUAUAGACUAAACCUAAAUUUGACACAAUUGUCUAAUAAUAUCGUUAAAAUAGCUUAGAGAAUUCACAAGAUAGAAGAUUUAAUCUGAAUCUGCAUUCUCAGGAAGGAAGUAUCAAGAAGAGUAGUGAUAAAGUAUCUCUAGUAAAUUAAGACUAUAAUUUCAUGAUUGGUUAACCCCCUACCCAAAUAGACAUCUCAUAAGCAAAUAUCUAACAAAUGGGUUAAAAACCCUCUCAUAAGAAAAUAAAUAUUAUUGGGUCAAAGGGUUUAAUGAUCCCUGCAGCUUUGAAAAAUCACUAGGAACAUCUUUAAUAGUAUUAAAGUAUCCCUGUCACUAGAACCAGAAAAGAACUGACAUCUUAAGCUUAAUAACACUAGCUGAAAAGCUUUUAAAGAUAGACUUAAGUAUUAAUGAAGAUGUAUGGAAGCAGUGCUAAUGCUAACAGAAAGUAUGUUAAAAGUGUAGAGAGGAAAAUUCCAUUAGAUUUAAAUAAUAGAAAUAUAUUACAAGCUUAAAAUUAGCCUUUAAAUUCCCAAAGUAACAGCAAGUUAUCAAACUCUUAUCAGAUGAACCCAUUGGUUACAGAUUAUGCAAGGAAAUCUUCAGGUGGGAAUCUAAAUAACAGUAUCUUAUCAGCAAUCAAUAUUUAUGACAGUAUUCAAAAUACUACGGGCUCAUCUGAAAAUUUGAGAUUCAAAUCUAAAAGGAAUUUCAAUCAAUCAAAUGCUUUGGACAAGUAUUAGCUCUAUACUUUAAACUUUAAUGACUAAUCUCUUAGAAAAUCCUCCUAAGGCAAAAAAAUAUCUCUUAAAAAUCUGAGAGAUAGAUACAACAAUGCUGUUAAUUAAGGUACUAACUCUAAGACUAUAAAACCUUUAGAGGAAUUAAGAAAUACAUUUAAUAUUGGCAGUUCCAAUAACACUAAGCAUGUAUUGAAUUAAAAUCUCCUUAUUUAAUAAAAUGAUGCAUACCAUGACUCAGAUUUUAACACUAGCAGUUUGAAUGAUUCAAGCAAGAAAAGAAUCACCCAGAAGUACUAAACAUUUCAAAAUCUAAGUCAUUCUACAAUAGGAAUGGGUGGUGGAGGUGGUUCAUCCAGAAGAAUUCAAGGGAGAUUCUACCCUGACUAUUUGCAAAGCUUAAAUUAGUAAUUAGAAAAUGAUAAAGCCUCAACUGAUACAGUCAUGUUUUUGAAGCAGCAAGAGUUGAUUAACAGCAGCUAGAAGUAAUUUGAAGAGGGAAAAUAAAAAUUGAUGGAGAAAGACUACAAAGAAGCGAUCAAAUAGUUUACUGGAAGUCUUAAACUAUACCCGGGAAAUAAAGAUUCGAAGUACUACAGAGCAAUAUGCUACCUUGAUACAGAUAACCCCAAAAAAUGCAUUGCUGAUCUUACAGAGAUUGUAAAUAUGGAUCAUAACUACAAUAAAACAGUCUAUAUAGUACUUUCGAUUGCUCAUAGAAGAGACAACGAUUUGUAAAAUGCCCUUAAAGCUGAAUUCAGAAAUUUCCAAAGUUAUAUUGGUCAAGCAGAUAGUUUGAAGGGUUUAGGAAACUUCAAGGCAGCUCUGUAAUCCUAUAACUAAGCAAUAGCGAUUGAUAUGAAUUGUCGAGAUUAGGGUUUAACCAAGAGAGGAAUCCUGCUUUACUAGCUUAAAAAUUAUGAUCAAUCAUUACAGGAUUUCAAUAUGCUUUUGGAAUAAGAUGAUAAGAAUGCAAGAGCACAUUUUUAUAAAGGGAAGAUUCUGAAAAACAAAGGCCAAGAAAAUGAAGGUGUCCUUCACUUUGAAUAGGCUAUAAAGAAUUGUAGCUUAGGCGAUGAUUAGCUUUCUGGCAACUCUCUGUUUGAGAUUAGUAAAAUAAGAAUAAAGUAAAAGGAUUUUUAUGAGGCAUUUCAUAACCUCUAAAGAGCAGUGCAUCAUGAUUUUAAAUCAAUUAAGUUUCUACAAUACAAGAUGUUCGUUGAGGGAGUUCUGUUCAUAAUGAAAAGAAAAGUCAAGAAAGGCAUAAAGCUGCUGUCAUCAUUAGUUGAGGGUUAGAUUACAUUUGAUGCUAAAGAAGGAAUGAACAGUAGCUCGCCAAUUCAAAUGAGCAAUAAUAACAAUAAAUCUCAACUUAAUGAUACCAUAACUAUGAAGUCAUCCAACUAAAACUAGUCAGAAAGUGAAUAAGCUUUGAAGCCCUCGAUCAUUUAUUUAAUUUACACUUACAGAUCCUAUGGGUAUAUUAUCACUAAAUAGUUAGAUAAAGCUCUUUCUGAUUUAAAUAAAGCAUCUAAAAUAAAGAAGCUAGAGUCAGCCUGUGUUUACAACAGAUAUAUUGCCUAAGCUUUGUUGAAAAUGGAGAAGAAGGAUCUGAAUGGUGUUCAAUAGAUACUAUUUCAGGCUGAACAGAAAUUCCAAAAUAACAAAGAUCCUUAUAAAUUCUAAGCUAUAAGUAUUAUUUAAGGUUGCAUCAGUGAAAUGGUCGAUAUUGAUAACCCAAAGUAAAAUCAUAUAUGUUAAUAUGUUUAUAAUUAGAAAGAAAAAGUCAAUGCUCGAUGCGAAGACGCUGCUAUUGACUUGGAUGAAGAGCCCUCUGCGAAACUUUAUUUGGCCAGAGGUAGAUGCCAUGCAUGUCUGAGCAUGUUUUAAGAAGCAAUUAAUGACCUUACAAAAGCUGUUGAAAUGGAUGAAGAACUUUCAGAUAAAAAUCCAAUGGUCCACAUCUAUGCAGGUAACCUCUUAAUGACAACAGGUUCAUAUGAUGAUGCAACAAAAGCAUUUACCAAUGCAGAUAGUGUUUAGAAAUCAGCUUUGGCAUUUUACUAGAGAUCUAGAUGCUUUAUCGCUUUGGCUAAUCUGGAUUAAGCCUUAAAAGAUUUGAACUUAGUAGUUGAGAGAAGCCCACAAGAUAAAAUAGCUUAUGUUGACAGAGAAUGUCUUUCUGCAUUGUAAAUUGCAAUAUAAGCAGCGCAGUCAAAUCAAGCCCCUCCUCAAGCUCUCCCUAGUCCUAUUGCUAAAAGCAGCUAUGAUGUAUCUGCUUUUGAAAAAGGAAUCGUCUCAUUCACUAAGUUAUUAAACACUCACUAUGAUAUAGAGUAUAACACCCAAACAACAACAAGCGCUAAUAGGAUGCAUUAGUAAAUAAUUCCAAACGUAAAGAGAAUUAAAAUUGAGAAAAUGAGAGCAUUAAGGAGAAAAAGAGCAAAGGAUGCUUAGAUUAACAAUUCAAUGAAAAGAACUAAGAAAAUUAAGUAGAGAUUUUUACUCGAAGACGCCUCUGAUCAUUAACUAUAGAUGCAGGCUUCCUAAAUUGAGCCAUUUAGUUACUACAAAGAAAAUAUAUUUGGGCAAGAGGAUUUUUACCUAUACCGUGGAGUAAUGCAUUUCUAUACUGGUGACUAUCAAAAAGCUAUUAAUGACUUUGAGUAAAGUAUUAGGAGUAAAAAAGAACUGAAGGAUAAGGAAAACGGCAGUAGCGAAGAAAAUGAAAAUUAAAGUUAGAGUAGUAACUAAACAGACCUUUCUGAUGUUGGUUUAUGCUCGCUUAACGUCCAUGAAGCUCAGUUCAACAUUUUGCUGUGCCUUAUUCUUAUGAAAAAUCACAAAACUGCUCUUGAAAAAGUUAAUUAGCUACUUUAAGAGUCACCUAAGAAAUAUAUGAAAAAUUUCUAUCUUAUCAGAGGAUUAUUAUAUUCAGCGCUUGGGAAUGCGAAUAAAAGCACUCUUGAUCUUGAUUUGUAUAAGAAGGGUGAUUAAUCAAACUACCUUGAAUUGCUGCAAAAUAAGUAAUCAAUAUCGGUAAACCCAUUUCCUAUUGGGAGCAGAGUAUGCUCUCUUUUUCCAGAAGUAAAAAUACAAAUAAUGACAUAGCUUCCUGGACAAAUUAAUCCCCAAAUAACUUUCUAUUCAAGACCUUCCUUUUCUUUUCCAUUUGUCAAGCCUCCUAAUAUGAUUCCUAAUGUUGAUGAAUGUGUAUUGACCUAGGAAUUUGAUAUGAAGCAUGUGCCUCCACCAAAACCAGAGGCUCCUUGGAUUAAGAGAUGCGAUUAUGGAAUUAAAUUUACUGAUGAAAUAUAGGUAGUAGAUGAAAGUACAGCUAUGCUCACUGAGACUGAAGAUGAGAGCAAGAUGGACAAUCAAGAUGAAAAAGAUAAUUAGGAAAACGGGGAUUCUUCUGAUUACAGCUAGUCACCAUUCAGAGAUUAAUAAAGAGCUUAAGCUUAAAACCAGUAACCAUAAGAACUUAAUGAACGAUACUAUCUAAGAAAUUACAUCAAAGAGCAUAGAGCUAAGAUACAUAAGGCAGUUUCAGGACAAAUAUUGAAAAAUGAAUUUAACUUUUUCAGAGAGAUGGAAGAGGAAGGCAUGAACAAGAUGGAUGAAGAAAUGAUGGAUCAAGAUAAUUCAGACGAAGAGGAUGAGUUUGCAGCUGAACAAGAACAAGAAAGACAGGACAUAUAAGAUUAAUUAAGAUAACACUUAUACGGGGAAGUUGAUGUCUCAAAUGACGAAACCAAAAAUAUCAUUGUUGACAAUGAAAUUGAUGAAGAUAUUAUUUUAUGA